UAUCACGACUUUUAACUUCCCCUCUGUGUACUUCAGGAUGAACUUUAAUUGGGGCUCAGAGCGUCGCUGUAUCGUGGCCCCUGUUUCAAGAGAUCAUCCAGUAGAGCAUGGUUAUACCCUGAAACAAAACACACUACUACCGUACUAUGUAACUACUGACUGUAAUGAAGUUUUGGCCGAGUCUUUUCCUGGCAUUGGAAUGGAUCUAACGAAAGUUUUGCCUUUAAUCCGGAACGACAUGGUCUGGGGCGUUAUGUUACAAGCGGCAUCCGUACCCUCGGGUUUACCUGUUAUAUGACCAUCUUUCUCCCGUUUUGUUUCCUAUUUUGUUCAUUUCCUCUAGGCGUUUGUUCAAUUUUAUUAUUGUAAUAAGCCCCCCUCUAGCGAUGAACCAACUUCGGUGAAGGCAUUCCCAACACCCAUUACCACCAUGCUCACAUUACUCUCACCAAAUUAUGUGUCGAAACCUACCACACGCGCGGACUUGGCUAUCGCAUCGAUUGCAUUUGGAUGGACUCUCGGGUUUGGAUGGCUAACAGCAUGGACAGCAUACAAGCAAACGAGACGAGUUCGACAGCGCUAUGGUAUCACUCGAGUUCACACCCCAUAUGUGGUAAUGAUAUGGUCUGAACUUGUUGUAUGUUUGACCUUUGCAGUCCUAUGCUGGCUUCAUUUGUUUGGUGAUCUUGUUCCUCCGAGGUAUAUUUCGCAAUUCAAGGUUCCUGCGUCCGGUUCUCCUACUAACAUGAUAUAGCUUCGCGUUCUACUUCUGUAUCCUGACACUCUGGGCGCUCCAAGUUCAAUUUUUGCUCCAAAUCAUAGUAAAUCGAAUCAGUAUCCUCUUAACUUCUAAACAGAGAGCCCUCCAUCUCAAAAUCGGUGUCGCAGUCCUCAUCACCCUCAUCAAUAUUUCGGUUUAUUGUAUCUGGAUACCUGCCCGACUCCAAAUAUCAAAUACAUAUAUCCAUCUCAACGAGAUCUGGGAUCGCUGCGAGAAAAGUAUUUAUCUGGUGGUAGAUGCAUUAUUGAACUUCUACUUCAUGAAAACUGUGUAUAGCAAGCUCGUAGGAAAUGGCUUGAAGAAGUAUAAAACAUUGAUUAAGUUCAAUGCAGUGCUGGUGGUUUUUUCCUUAGGUAUGGAUGUGUUGAUCAUCGGAAUGAUGAGCUUGGAUAACUCUUUUGUGUACGUUCCCCAAUUUCACCCAUUUGAAUCCAACCCUCCAGUCCCACAUGCCACUCAGGGUUAUCGCCCCUCCUUCCCCACUUCAAAGCUAACAUCACAACCAGAUAUAUGCAAUUCCACCCCCUCGCCUAUCUCGUUAAACUAAACAUUGAAAUGUCCAUGGCCGAGUUGAUCGCCAAAGUUUCCGCCCUCCCCUCCAACUGGUUACCACCCAAAAAACGCACUGCAUUAAAAAUCGGUAUUCAAACCGAUAUUUCGAUUAAACAUGACGAUAUAGAUGAUUUACAAACAUUGGAGUUGGAAGACACGAUCAAUAGUCCCGCACCGACGAUUGGCAAGGAAUUCGAUCACGGGAGGCCGGUGGUCUUUGCGGGGGAAGAUUAUGAUGAUGAGAGAGGAACGAGCUCGAGUGCGAUUGUGGAUCCGAGGACCAAAGCGGGGCAAGGGGCAACUUGGUCGAACAGUUGACCCAGUGGAUGAUUAAAGAAAAAAGCAACGAACAAGCAAAUCAAUGAUUAUGAUAUAUUUUAGCAAGACAAUAAAAACAUGGAUAUUAAUACACUAGGUGAAAAUUGCUUAUCUGAUUUUAAUGACGAUUCUCGGUAUAUGUAUAAGCGUUAGCUAUUGACCGUUAACUUCUCGCACAUCACUCGGGCCUAGUAGCCCGCACUGAUAUCUCCUAUCUGAUCCGAGAUUAGCUGCUGCGCGUUUGUCUAAUAGCCAUGUUUCACUACUCGAUGUAACACAAACUCUAUAUCUUCCGGUGGCGCUAUGGAUGGGAACUAGAGUGUAGUUCGUUAUCUGGCUAGGAUGUCUCAGAGUAUUGAUGAGAUAGCCGAUUUGUUAGUGGUCUGUUGAGCUAGUGGGAGUUUCCUUAUGCCGGUAGUUAGGAUUUGGAACAUUUGUGUUGGAGGUUGGAAGAAGAGCCGGUAUUGUAC